GUUUAUAAAUCGAAUCCAGCAUUACUACGUGACAUUAGUACAACGUUACAACGUAACCUACAACGUUCGUUCGCAAUACAAGUAGUCUUCUUGCAACAUACAACGCUGCUAAAAAAUAUAAAGUCUGUAUUUUUUUAAAAUACUGUUGAUGCCCGUUUUGAAGUACUAUCGUCGUGGCUGCAUGAGGUUUGGUACAAUCAAGAACCGAAAUCGAAAACUGCGUAAGCUCGUGAGAAGCCAGUUCCCUGGAACUAAAAUAAUCGUCGAAGGCAGAUCGCAAAAGAUAAUCACCGAAAAGGAAAUCGUCGAGCUGCUAUUCGAAAUUUGUGCUGACUGUAAAAGGAUGGCAGCUAUUCCGCAGGGUGCAUUUGCAGCGUGCAAAGUUCACCGCAAUCUUGAACGCAAUUCACUGAUAACGCGAAUGGAGGAAAGAGAAAAACCUGAGAAAGAAACUAUGUUCAACAUGAGGCCCCUCCUGGAAGGUUGGGAGCUUACGCCGCUGAAGUACAACAGUAAACUGAUGAAUAGCAUCUGGGGACUUUACAACCGUUAUUCCGUGCACAAUUUCAAGAAAAACACCGAUGGCGACGAAGGGGUAUUUGGGACGUUCGUGGCGGUUUGGGGGGCCAUUUUUGCCAGCCACGCCCACGCCGCGAACACGGUGACUGCAACUGCAGUCGCCGAAAACAAUUCAUUCAACGCGAUAAAAAAUGCAAAUGGCAUCUGAUGGAUUAUCUUUUCUUUUCACUUAAUAAUAUAAAGUAUAAUGCAUACUUUCAGUUGGCCAAUAUCAAUUGAAAUUAAUUAAGUAGAAUAUAUUCAAUAGUCGGAAGCUAGUUGGGGAUUAAAACAUUGACGAAAUGUAUGAGGGGCUAUGCAACAGUUUGAAACUGAAAACAAUUUUCCAAUUGCAUUGCACAUUCAGACUUUUCUUAACUGUACUUGAAUGCAUUUGAACAUUUUCCUAGAAAUUUCCCAGAACCAUCAGUCGCGUUGAUUUGAUACAAUAACAAUGAGAAUGAAGAAAACCACGUGUGAUCUACCGUAACUUAAAAAGACUGUCACAAUAUUCUUAACCGAACAGACUGUUAAAAAUAUCAAAGAAAUGUACAUAAAAACUUUGUAAACUAUUAAUUAUACAUUUUGUUAUUUUAUGCUAUUAAACAAGU